GCUUGUCUGGAAAACACAGAGAACUUCUGGGUGCAAAGAUCCUAGUACACAAAUAUACAGUAUUUCCGCCUCAAAUACUCGCAGUACUUCAAACUACUACGGUCAACAUCAUGGCCAUGUCCGUGAAACGCACCGAGGGGGUCACUGUAAUCACCCUGACCUCUGACACCUCCAGCACGUGCCCUCCCGUCUGUCAGCUCUUGGGGUCACUGUGCUACACCCCGGCGCUCUGCUCGAGGUCCCGCCACGUGGCCAUUCCUGGUCACGGGUCCCUCGCCGUCUUGGGGUCCCUCUGGAUCAUGAGUGGUCUGAUGCAGGUGGCCCUGGCCUCCAUCCUCCUCUUCACUAGCGGCACUGCUUCAUACAUGCUCCUAAGCACGUACUGCCCCCUGUGGUUGGGAGUGCUGAUCAUGGGUGUCGGAGUGAGUAAUAUUCUGACAGAGAAGUACCCACGCCCCUGUGUACUCCUCUUAAACUCCAUCUUCAAUCUGGCCGGAGUAGUCAUGUCCAUCGUCGCCAUCAUCUGGUACUCCUCGCAGUUCUACAGCUAUCGCGAAUUCUUCUCAUGUUCGGACCGAAAUGGUUAUUACUGGAAUCGGAGGACCACCACUACCCCAAACCUCCGGCUGGUGGCAGAAGUGCGAUGGUGUAUGAAUUUGCGAGAGAUCCUCCAGUCGUUGGUGUUUGGGGUGAGUGGGCUGCUGAUGGUCAUGGCUGGACUGGGUCUGUGUUUGGGGCUUAGCUCGGCUAUUCUCAGCAUCAAAGCCCUCAGAUCCUCACGAGACAAGAGCGAGAGCACGGACCUGAGCACGGACCUGAGCACGGACCUGAGCACGAACCUGAGCACGGACCUGAGCACGGACCUGAGCACGAACCUGAGCACGAACCUGAGCACGGACCUGAGCACGACCUGAGCACGGACCUGAGCACGGACCUGAGCACGGACCUGCUGGAGGACGACGGAACUGCAGCCAGCCAGCACGACCAGGAGUGAACGUGUGGAGUGUUCUGUGAAAAGCACGAAUGCACCGAUACCAACUUUUCCAAAACCGAUACCAGUACGAGUACUUCAUUUUGAGUACUUGCCAAUACCAAGUAGCGAUACCGAUGCCAUGUAUUAUCUUUAUAAGGUACACUACUUUUUUUUUAAUUAUUACUUUAGAGUAACUAUUUGUGGGAGCUGUUUUAAAUUUCUACUAAGAUCAUUAUAGUUAGAUCUAAUACUCUUUAGAAGCACCUUUACUUUUUACUUCUAACCAUACGACUGCAGACUGCUCUUGGUUUUCACUUAUAAUCACAUGUUAGCCACGUUAGCCACGUUAGCCACAUUAGCCACGUUAGCCAUGUUAGCAUGCUACUACGUAAACACAAGCACUGAGCUGAUAACAUUUAUGAACUAUCAAAACAUUUGACCGUCACAUCAGAUUUAAGUGUUUUAGUCUCACAAAGUUCAGCUCUCUGCUCGUCUGAGACGUGGGCGUUAAAUAAAAACACACUGCAGCUACAGUGGAAUCAGUUCUUGGUUUUAGCAGUACAGGCGAGUACAAGUACAAGUACAAGUACAAGCAAGUACCAGGUGCUGGUAAAUACUAGGUUGGGUAUUUCGUUGUUAUUUCUCCUGAUAUGUCAUAAACGUGUCUUAGGCCCGGGUCUGUUGUACUUUGUGCCUCGUCUUGUUCAGACUCUUGUAUUUUCUGACACAAACAGCUGUUUGACCUGAUGGAUCCUGUAGUAACACUCGACCCACUGUGGGCGUCUCUCCUCAUGUGUCUGAAGUUCACCAUGACAAACCUGCAGGUGAAGGAUUUUCCUCUAAAUAAAACAAUGUAAAAUCUCACAAAA